AUGACAACUAUUGGAGUCAAGCAUGUCGAAAAGGGUAGAAUUUACCCUAAAGAAAUUCCUAGUUAUUCUUACCAAUAUCCUUCAUUCCGAAGAGUUCAGUUAGCUGCAGUGAAAGAUGGUCUGUAUCAUCCUAAUUUACCAACGUUCAGAAGAAUGGAUAUGGACACUGCAGGGAACAAAUUACCCGAUGAACAUUGUCGUACAACCACAUCUUGUGGUCCAGACGAUUUCUCAAGAGCUACAACGACCAUAUUUGCUCCACCACCGAAACGUCUGUCAAGCAUAAAUAUUACAGAAACUGGUCGCCAAAUGCACAGAUAUUAUACAACCCCAGAAGAGCUGAAAUAUUUGAAAUGGCACACAGGUAAUAACUCUUUCUGUUUUGUUUCAGAUUUACAUUUUUCUGGUUAUAAUGUUCGCUAUUCUCGUCCAGAUAUUUCUAAAUCAUGGCGUUAUAGCUUACGUCAAGAACCAAUGAUAGAUCAGUAUGGACAGAAACCAAUGCCUGCCAAUGUCUUUGCUAGAUACCGGGACACACAUCCACAGUAUAACAGAAAUAUAUCAACUGAAGCCUGGCGAUAA